GGAAAUCAUCGGCUGAGUCAGGGCUGCUCUGUGCAAAAGCUCGGGUGGGAGGGCAUCUUGCUUCAACGCGUUUUGUUGCAAGGGCGUAACGUUGUAAGUGCAUAGUUCUUUUAGUGUUAGAGAGCUGUCUGGGCAGAUAGACCAGAUACGAUCAAUACAGCAUGACAUACAAUCUCCUGCGCAAGGGUGGCAUUCCUGCACUGGCGUGCGUCGCUUCUCCAUCCGAAGAUGCCUCAUUCCUGCAAUGCACUUUUCAAGUCAAAUAUGACAACGACCGCCUCUAUGCUACCUUCUCACUCCAACACAACACACACGUACACGAUACCAAGGAUAAACAACCGUUUGAUCUAAUUUAUGAUGCUGAUAACCUGCUCCCUACUACAACUAAAUGCCAGAUUCCAAAGCGUGUUCUCUCACUCGGAGAUGAAACCUAUGUUGCACGGAAUGGCUUUUCUAAGAUUCAUGUUUUGUCACUGCAUCUUCAGAAACCGUGCCCAAUCAUCUGCCCUACUGCGUCCAGCAGCAUCGUGCCCAAGGCGAGCUUCCAGACCCCCUCUCGGUGCCUUGUUGGCUUGAUCAAAUCCAAACACAUCGAAAUCGUGUUUGACUUGAAUUGGUUGGAUCGUAAACGUGCCGAGUCAUUCCUGAGUAUUGUCAGCCAGCCAGAGCGAUUUCACGGGUUUCCUAUUGAUGAGAAGAACCUGAGAGGACGGCGAUUGGCCGACUGGACUAUUUUCAGUCCCGAAGAGGAGAACGUGGUGGUAUCAGAGGAGCCUCCUCCGUACACAAAGGCGACACACAAGCGGCUCCGAGGGGUAUCGAGUAGUCCAUCGCCGCCAACGAAGCGUAUGUUCAUACCCCCAGGUUCGCCAACAGAGAGAGCUACUACGGCAUCGCCGCCCAACAGUCCGGCGCACUUGUCCUCUACGGUUGAUAAAUCACCACGUAUGACGUCUUUGUGCACCGCGUCAGCGCAUUCCCGCUCUUAUGCUGAGAAUUCGUGUCCACCUAACCCCAAAACUGACAUGAAUGACCCAUGCGCGUUAGAGAAUAACGUCCGCAGCAUAAUGCUCAACCUCUUCCCCGCCAUGUUUGCUUCCUUCAUCGACCGCUCCCGCUCGGUUUCCCCAUCCUCAUCAUCCUCUAUCGACCUAAACAUACAUCCAACAGUAACGCCUUCACUCAAAUCCAUCUACCAACUCCGCUCGCUCCUUACAAAACGUGCCGUCAAACAUGCUGAGAAGAAACUCAGCACCAUUUUCAACGACAUGCAGCAUGAUGCAAACUCUCUCCGUCUGGCAGCCGACGAGGAAUUCCUCGAAGUUGUGGCGGAGGAGAAGUUGGAUAUAAAACAACGGAAAGAGGACGCGCUAGAAGAGCUGGUUGAUGAGAUCGAUAAUGUCGUUCACGAGAAGUUGGUUGCGUUGUCUGAUGAGCUUGAUCGUCUGGUUGAGCAGGCAGGGGUGAUGGUAGAGAACGCGGUUGAUGCGAGGGUAGAGAGGUAUACAAAUACGACGUGGAACAGGGCAGUGACGGGUGGUCUACUGGACCAGGAGGCGCGGGCAGGAAAGAAGGCUGCAAGAGCAGGUUAUGCUGCGGGCGAUCGAAAACGGAAGUCUUUUAAUUUUCGCUCAUGUGCGCGAUGAACCUGGACUGUCCUACAGCCAGUCAUCGUCACGCUGUCAUAGUGUAAGCCGUGCACGCAGUUUGAAACACCCGGUACCAAGACGUAGAGAUGGUCACAUUGUCACGGCGCUGGCUGGGGUAGCUGGCGUACGCGUGUUUCAAUUUACUAAGUACAGAAUUUGAAUGCUAGCCCCAGCAUCCGAAUUCUGCUUACAUGUAUCUUUGGUCAAGUUAAGGCGUGAACUAGCGGAUCUAUGACUGCGUCGGACAGGCCGGCUCGGGUUAGAGAUGUUAAAUAACACUAGGUUUAAACCCUUUCAUGACAUGUUUUACAGAUUGGAACAAAAGCCUUGAGGAUAGAAUAGACAGUACGAUUUAGUAAUGACUAGCAAAAUAUGCGC